AUGACACGAGCUAUCAGAGGCACCCUUGUGGAGUGCGAUCCAUCUAUCAAAUCUCUCAUUGUCAAGAUAGAUGCAGAGUCGCAUCAUGAAUAUAUCGUUGAGGAUCUAGAUGACGAAACUUUGCUUAUCCAAGAAAGCAAGUUGGUGCAUUUGAAGGCACUUCUGAAAAGGUUUGCACUCAAGGAGACGCAGGUUGAAGAUGAAUCGGAAUCUGAAUAG